AUGAGUGGGACCAAGCGCAAGGCAGCGUGGCCGGGUGCCUCGGCACCCGAGAAGCGCGCACACCACGGCGCAGAUGGAGAAGGUGAUCUUGAUCUCGAAUCGCAAGUCGAGCGGCAAGGCAAGACGCGGCACGGACGCGUAAUGACCGAAGGCUACGACUCGGAGGAGUCGGACGACGAAGGCGCCCACAAGCGCAACUGGGCCCAGGAAAAGGACCAGGACGAGGAUGACAUGUUUGCCGAGGAAGGCGAGAAGAAAAAGGACGAGAGCCAGAAGAAAGAGCCGCGUUUCCUGAAACUCUCCGAGAUCGAAGGCCAGGAGUUUGGCGCACGCACGCAGCUUGGCGACGACGACGACGACGACGACGACGACGACGACGAGCAGGACCCCGAGUACGAGCUCGAGCGCGCUCUGCGUGAUACGCGGCACCAGGAUGCCAAUGCAGAUGCGGAGCGCACGCCGCCGGGCUCCGACGACGAAGACGCGCCGCGGUCCAAGAAGGGCAUGGGCUUCAAGAUCGAGCAGUUCAAUAUGAAGGCAGAGAUGGCCGGCGGCCAGUUCGACGAGGACGGCAACUAUGUUCGCAACAAGAAGGAUCCCUUUGCGCAGAACGACCGGUGGCUCGACGGCAACUACUCCAAGAAACAGAUCAAGGCCGCAAACGAAGCGCAGGCACGCCGCGAGCGCGAGGCGAAGGAGAAGGCGGAUGCCGACAACGCCGUCUACCCCACGGCGGAGCACGCGAUGCGGCCGUUAGCCGAGUGCCUCCAGCCCGGCGAGUCGGUGCUUGAUGCGCUGCAACGCAUUGGUGUCUCUGCGAAGCGCGAGAAGAAAGAAGGCGCAAAAGGCGACGCCUCGCGCCAGCUCGACCUCAUUACGCACCUUACGAGCCUACUCAUGUCGACCUUUGGCCAGAUGAAUAUCUACGACGAGAUGUACGAGAGCCUCGUUCGCCAGGUGCGGCGCGCAAAGCUCGUUCCAGAGGACUGGGACCCCUCGCGCAAGGUUUCCGAGACGGAAGAAGACGCUGUGCCCCCGCUCGCGCCGUCGUGGGAGUACAAGUGGGCGCCUGCGCACCUUGCCAACGCUGCAAAAGCCUCCAACGCCCCUCCCGAGCCUGAUACCAAGGUCUACGGGCCGUUUCCGCUCGCCGACCUGCGCGCAUGGGCUGCCCAAGGCUACUUUGGCCCCGACCAUAGUCAUAUUCUCGUCCGCCCCGCCGGGAGCGACGCAGCUGUGAUGAAGUGGGCCGUGUGGAAAGCACCGUCGGACUACAACCCCAAAGAAGUCCCCAUCCAGUGGGACGCGUGGAUGCGGCAUACACGCCGCGAGCCUCCCACGAUCGAGGAACUAGUCAAGGAUCUAGAGCGGCAGCGCAUGGUGCAGCACAAUGCCCGGGUUCUCGACAUGCGUGAGCAGGCGGCGCAGGCGCAGCUUGCCGCGCAGCGCGAGCAAGAGCACGCCAAGGCGCUUGCCGACCAGCACCAGCGCGAGAAGCUGCGUAUCGAGCAGAGCCGCGUGCAUGCCGAGGACCCCGAGUUGGCGGCGCAGCGUGACGAGGCGAGCAAGGGCGAUAUUGAGAGUGCGGCGGUGAAGCCUGCGCGGCGCGGUGCAUAG